AAUAGGAGUCCUGAAGAGAAGACAACGACAGGUCUGACUCUUCUUCUCCCGCCAUAUCUACAAUAACCCACAAACCAAAACUUACUACCAUGGCCUUGUGACUUGAGAGAUUCCAUUCUUCACCUCAGCUGUAUCAGUACCUCUCUCGCUUAUGGCCACUCUCAAGCUUGCUUGUUUGUUGCUCCUACUCUUUGUGGCUGCAUCCUUUCUUCGGCAGACAAGUUCCUACUCGAUACGCCCCGGAUCUUCACUUUCUCCGAGCGCCAGCUCUGUUUCAUGGCCCUCUCCUUCUCGCCUUUUCCGGUUUGGGUUUUACCCUCAAGGCCGCAUGUACGCCGUGGGGAUAUGGCUUUCGGGUAAGCCUAACAACACCAUUACCUGGACUGCGAGUCGAGACGGUCCCCUCGUCAGCUCGAACUCGACAAUCUACUUCGCGGAGAACGGUACACUAGUGCUCCGAACAGAGACGGGCAGGGAGAUGCCGAUCACGAAGGAUCUCAUUGGCCCUGCAACCUCAGCUUCCAUGCUUGAUACGGGGAAUUUUGUGCUCUAUGACAACUCAUCUCAGGUGAUCUGGCAAAGCUUCGACUACCCGACAGACACCAUCCUAGGAGGCCAAAACCUGUCCAGGGGGGUUUCGUUGGUCUCAAGCAAGUCAUUAUUCAAUCACUCGAGUGGCCGGUCCUUACUCGUGAUGCAAAGCGAUGGUAAUCUUGUCAUGUAUCCCGUCAACUCCGGUAAUAAGCCCGAGGAUUCGUAUUGGUCUACUGCAACUUUCAGUGGUACCUCUACCCAGUUACAUCUGGAUGGAAAUGGAACUCUGCGCCUGCAACAGAAAUACAGUGGUAAUAUCACAAAAAUUAUAGCCAACAGCUCAUAUAUCGCCAAUCGUAAGGACCUUGUCAUUCAUCGGGCAACUUUGGAUAGUGACGGGAAUUUUAGGCUCUAUAUGCACCGGUUCUUGAAUGGGGAUCCAUCCAACCUGAAUGUGUCCCUCACAUGGUCGGCACUUGAAAGUGACUGCAACAUCAAAGGUUUCUGUGGUGUUAACAGCUACUGUAACAGCUCGAAAUUGAAAGAUCCAUGUAAUUGCUUCCCUGGAUUUGAUUUCUUUGAUCUGGGAAGCAAGAUCCGGGGCUGCUAUAGCAGAUCCAACAAAGAAGAAAGAUGCGAAGCUGAAAACCUUGAUUUAAGUCGCAUGAUAUUACGCAUGGACCAUAUAAGGAUUGGGGGUCAUCCCUAUUCCGUGCUGUCACAUUCAGUUACAGAAUGCGAAGAGUCUUGUCGGAACGACUGUCAUUGUGAAGUAGCCCUUUAUUUCAAUGGAACAUGCAACAAGUUCAAGCUGCCGAUCAUUUACGGAGUGAUGAUUGAGAGCGAUGCAGCCAUGGUUUUGGUCAAGCAAUUGAAUUCUGGACAUGUGCCAGAUAGGCCGCCCAAGUCACCACUUCCUCCUGGGGUCGAGCGCCAGAGGGCAGUCAUUCUACUUCUUGCGGCAACCUUGGGCUCGGUUACUCUGUUAUGCUCUCUUGCUGCGAUACUCACCUUCUACAUCUAUCGAAGUCGAGUUCACAAAUACAGGAAGCUAUCCAGAGACUCGAACUUGGGUCUGAUGAAAGAGUUCACGCUGCAGUCGUUUUCAUACAAGGAGCUUUAUGAAGCCACAGGCGAGUUUAAGGAAGAGCUUGGCAGGGACUCUUUUGGGGGAGUUUACUACAGAGGGUCCAUGACGAUACUGGGGGAAACAAAAAUUGUCGCAGUGAAAAAGCUCGAGAGAGUAGCACAAGAAGGAGGAGACGAGUUUCGGGCGGAGAUGAAUAUGACAGGGCACACCCAUCACAGGAAUUUGGUUCGACUGCUUGGUUUUUGCAUGGAGGGAUCCAGGAAGAUUCUCGUGUACGAGCACAUGGCAAAUGGGUCACUUGCAGAUCUUCUGUUCAACCCUGAAGCCCGCCCUUCUUGGAGAGAGAGAGUGGGGAUUGCUCUGCAAAUAGCGCGGGGGAUCCUGUAUCUACACGAGGAGUGCGAAUUGCAAAUAGUUCACUGCAACAUAAAGCCACAAAAUAUCCUUAUGGACGAGUUGUGGACAGCAAGGAUCUCAGACUUUAGCCUAGCAAAGGUCUUAAUGCCAAACCAGACGAAUAAAAUCCAUAAAGUAAGAGGAACGAGAGGGUAUGUGGCGCCGGAAGUGCAGAAGAAUGGUUUACUAUCCACCAAGGCUGAUAUUUACAGCUUUGGAGUUGUGCUGCUGGAGAUCAUCUGUUGUAGGGCCAAUAUGGAGGUUAAUGUUCCCACACCGGAUGAAGUUCUUCUUGCCACCUGGGUCACCAAUUGCUAUGCUGCCGGAGAGUUGCAGAAGCUCGUAAGCUUUGAAUACGUGGACAUGAAAAGCCUGCAGAGGAUGGUCAGAGUAGGACUCCUAUGUAUUCAGGAUGACCCGAAUCUCCGUCCUCCUAUCAAAGAUGUGAUACUGAUGCUAGAAGGCAUCAUGGACAUACCAAACCCUCCUCUCCCGACGCAGUCCUCAGAUGUCCUGUAACUCGCCAUAUGGUGCUACUAGCUAACCAAGCUGAAUUAAGACAGUGUUUCCAUUUUCUGUUUUCACGGUUUCCUUUGAGAUUUGUGUGCAAGUAGAUUAUGUAAUAACUAGAAGAAACUGCGAGGUAGUCUUUCGAUGUGUUGGCUAGCGUUGUAUCAACUCAUGUUCCUAUCUAAAUGUGCUUUGUUUUUCAAUUCA